AAUUUUUUCAAUACGAACGUUAUGCGAUUCAUGUUACAUGUGUUCAUAUUUGCAGGCUGUAAAAUGCGGUUACUGUGGGUGGCUAAUGCAUGGAUCCUGUGCAGAGAUUGUAGCCCAUAACUGCUUCGAAAGCUAUGAUGAAAAUAUCCAUGUCCUCGUUGUCGACGAGAAGGGGCGUGCUACAAUGAGUGUGAAGGAAGUAGAAGAAGGUACGCAGAGAGACGCACCACCAUCAGAGAGUAGCAAUGAGUCUACUCCGUACUCCGCAGACAUCAUGGACGAGAUGCUCAUUGAUGCCGUAGAGCAGAGACCAGCUCUAUGGAAUCAAAAGUUGCCAGUUAAAAAGCGAGGCCCUUGUGUACGAGGAGAAUUGUGGGAUGAAGUCUUUAAUAAUCUUGGUUUUAAGGAUGUACCGUGGAUGAAAUGUCGAUGGACGUACCUGAGGGACUGCUACUCAAAAGCUCGCAAAAAAAUGAAAGGUUACGUACGCAGCGGAUCGGGUGCGGAAGCGGGGCAUCCGCAGAAAAGUUCAUUCCGCUUCUAUUCAAGGAUGCAAUUUCUAGACGAGGCUGCACAAGAAACUCCUACAACGAGCUCUCUAUCACAGAACAUAUGUCGUGACGAAGAUAGUGCACUGACAAUGAGCCAGAACGAUUCGGAAUGUAAUGUGUCUUCUCCAAGAAAUUGUAGCACGUCA